AUGGCGAGCAAGACCAGUUUGCUGCGUGCCAUCCUCGUGGGCUACAUAGCACUAGUGGUUGCAACAGCGCCAAUCCUAGGGGCGCUCGAUCGCACGGAGAGCUCGAGACAAGACACGAAGACGGGGAGCCAGGUGUGGUGCGUGGCCAAGCCUCACGCCGACCAGGCGGUGCUGUCGAAGGGCCUCAACUUCGCGUGUGGCGAAGGGGGCGCCGACUGUGCUGCCAUCCAGAACGGAGGAGCUUGCUACAACCCGCCCACACUCAUCGCUCACGCCUCGUACGCCUUCAACAGCUACUACCAGAUCAAGGGCCGCAACUACUGGAACUGCUACUUCCAAAACGCGGCCCUGCUCGUCGUCACCGAUCCAAGUACGUGCUACUUGUUCCUAGCGAACAACCAUUCUUUUCUCACAUUGAUUCUUCCAGGCUAUGGUUCUUGCACUUACCCAGCGCUCUAA